AUGAUAAAAGUCACAAAGGAAAUAUUGUCAUCAUCAUCAUCAUCAUCAUCAUCAUCAUCAUCAUCAUCAUCAUCAUCAUCAUCAUCAUCAUCAUCAUCAUCAUCAUCAUCAUCAUCAUCAUCAUCAUCAUCAUCAUCAUCAUCAUCAUCAUCAUCAUCAUCAUCAUCAUCAUCAUCAUCAUCAUCAUCAUCAUCAUCAUCAUCAUCAUCAUCAUCAUCAUCAUCAUCAUCAUCAUCAUCAUCAUCAUCAUCAUCAUCAUCAUCAUCAUCAUCAUCAUCAUCAUCAUCAUCAUCAUCAUCAUCAUCAUCAUCAUCAUCAUCAUCAUCAUCAUCAUCAUCAUCAUCAUCAUCAUCAUCAUCAUGUACAAACAAUCUGUUCAUCUAA